GUUUGUAUCAACUCGUAUGACAUCAAGUAACACAAUGGCAAAACCUGGAUAAAAUACUAAUAAACAAUUAUGUUCCUACUUUGCACUACUAACAGGACCGAAAAUCGACCACGAUCCGCAGGUGUCAAAUGCAUCGUGAUGAUAUUGACGAUCAUUAUCGUUACUAUCAUGGCGGUCACGUUCCUGUGCACACAUUAUACGUCCGGUCGGUCAGUGGCAGAGAAUCCGGAAUCGACGCUUACUCAUCGUCACACGGCUCACUCCGGAAAUGACAGAAACGGCCUUUCUGAAAAAUCGACUGCAACCGUCAUCAAUCUAGACGUGUCGGAUACGUCUGCUGGUCGUGACCAACGACGAAUUGCACCGACCGAGUUCGUGUCGGACUCAACAAGCGACCAACGAGUGACAAACUUCCGUUCGGCCAAACAGCCCUGGACCGGUGAAUUCGGGAACCGAGUUUGGUCGUCGGUAAGACGGGGUAGGUUGAAUGACAAAACAAAUCCUUACCCGGCCGAUCGCGAUCGAGAACACGUAUCCGAAGAGUCGUGGCACAUCAACAGUCGAUCAAAUCGCCACAAUCACCAGAACACGAAGUCUGACGAAUGGGCUGGCCGUCACGUUACAAAUGACAUGCCUUAUAGUUUGCACCACAAUGAUGCAUUCAAACAUACUGAUACUGAUCUGAAUAGCGGGAUCGGGUUAAGACCACAUUAUUCAAUUGAUAAUGAGGCUUACUAUGGAUCAAUCGCAGAGAACCCAUCGACUAUGCAUUACCGACCAUUCCUGAGACCACCUUCAAUUUAUCCAGUCCUGGGUCCUCAAACAAAGAUAUCAAUAUCAAAAAAGGAAAAGUUCGAUUGGCAUACUAUCGGCUUAUUGACACUCAUUAAAGCCGGAUUGAUCAAACUGAAUUUAUUUGGAAUCCUAAAGAUCUUGUUCUUACUUCUGUUCAAGUUGAAAUUAUUUCUGAUAGCAAUAUUCGUCAAAUUUCUUUUGCUUUUAAAAUCGUCGAAGCUCUUUAAAACCCUGUUUUUACCACUGUUAAUAUUACCAUUAUUUCUAAUACUUAUGACCCUUAUUUUGCCAAUUAUUAUGAGUGCAAUGUAUUUGCUUCCGGGACAAUCACUCAAUAUGAUGUCUCCAGCUCCUACAUCAUCAUUAUCAAAUCUACUGAGUAGUUUACUAUCAAAUCUUCCAGGUAUACCAGCUCGACCAGGUUUGACAAGGAGUUUUACGAGUGGUAAAUUUCUAAAUACUCCGAAAAAUAUACUAGAUGGUCGAUAUAGUACUUUUAGAUUUAAUGAUUUAAGUUUUCAUAAUAAGCAUGAUUCAGAGCCUUUAAUCGAUACUGCCUUGAAUAUAUUUAAAAAGUUUUUAGAUUCAGAAAAAUGCGUGGAUAGAAUAGCAUGUCAAAUGGCUGCAGUUGGAAAGGCAGGUAUAAUGCCCAAGUGGAUUAAUAGGUUACUGAAUAGUAUAUUAUCAAUGUUUAUUGCUAUCAAAAAAGGAAAAACAUCUGUUACGCCGUAUGAUGAUGUGAAUAGUGACAUUCCUAUACAUUUCUCGGCACCUGAUAGUUAGACCACAUGGUGCAUGGAACGUUAUGACUGCAAUAGAACAAUAAUAUCGAAUACGACAGAAACAGCGCUAUAAUAAAUUAAAUAUAUUAAAUAGUGUAUUAUUUUGAUUGAUUAAUACAAUGGCUUGCA